GCCCCCCCCACCAUCCACGCUUUAAAACACGUUUCCUCGCCAAGUGUUGAUGAAUAGCGCGCAGUUGUCGCCAUCACGUACCCCUGACCCAACAGCCAACGCCAACUCCGUCAAUGGGGACGCCACGAACCAUUCUGUCCACGACGACGUGGAUCCACCUGCGACUCCCCCAGGCGUCCAGAUCCACCAAUUGAUUGGCCUCGCCCAUGCGAUGCAUAAAGUCGUGUGUCUCGUCUGCUUCGCUACCCGACCCAAGACUGCGCCUUAUUGCUUGGAGUGUGGGGCGGCAAGCCCCAGCGGCGACCAACCAUCCAGUCGUCGCUCGCUGCUAGGGGACGAGAACGUGACGCCUUCCGUCGCCCUCCGAAAUGGGGACCUCGGUGUUCCACUAAACACCCCUGUCGAUUCAAUUCAUCAAGCUCCCGGCUCUGCAUCUUGCUCCGAUGCAGAACCUGCGGACAUGAGCUCCAACACUAGCCAAGAGCCCGUGGCUACUAUGGACCAACUUUUGGUCAUCGACACGAAAGCACACUCUGCUGUUGUUAGUUCUCAAGAAGAAAACUGUCAACUUGAGGCGGCGGUGUCGUCUGAUGCUCCAGACACGGAUCCCAUCAGCUCGAGUGACUUGGUCGAUCUUCGUGCACUUGCGUGCGCGAUGCGCAAAGUGGUGUGCCUCAGCUGCCACGCCAUGAACUUCCAAAGCGAGGUCGUUUGCGUCAAGUGCGGAGCAAGCUUCGCGGUUCCAACCAGCGAUCUCCCCCUACAAGGGGCCUCCUCGUCCGCUGAGGUUGUCCUCGAAGAAUCUAGCCAUGUUGUCGAAGGCGCCUCGAACGAGAACAUCCAUGGGCGUGUGCGCACGGUGUGUCGUACUUGCUUUGCAACUGGGGCGGCAGACAACACCUUCUGUAUCGAAUGCGGGGAGAAUUUGAGUCUCAGCAUCACCAGCCCCGAAACGCAAUCUACUUCCGUGCUGGCACCGUCGGCUGUCGUUGGACCAGAAGUUGCUGUACAAGUUGCGGCCACCACGGGCUCGAAUGACAGCAACGAACAUGGAGACAUGGGUCCCCAACAAGGGGACAACAACAACGCCGCAUCGAAGAGCCCUGACGGCGGCACCCGCCCCGCCGACGUCAUUGGUGGACAAGUUCAUCCGGACGAUGGGUCCGCCAACAAAAUUGCGCCCCCUCCCCCCGACGUUCCGUCAUCGUCCAAGCUGCACGCCGACACGAUUGUCUACGGAGCGACCAUCGUCUUGCGCGGAUUCGUACCGCCUUCCGGGGACAAUGACGGCAGCGCCACAUUCAACAAACCCGAGGGCUUUUGUCCAGUGGCGUUCCGGCCAUUGGUGAGCACGGGCUUUGGCAAGUCAAAUGAACCGGUCUUGACGCUCGUCCAAGCCAACGACUGUCCCCUGCCACUCGCGCAAUUUGUCGUGCUGCCCCCGCCAGGGGACAAGAACGCGCGGCUGGGGAAAACGUCUGUGCAUUUCUUGCAAAAGGUCGUGUUGGCCAUCGCGCCGUCGGUGGCUGGCGACCCCACACACUCGUGGAAUAACAAAUUACCCGGUGGCGUGAAUGACUUCAUUGGGACGCGGCCGCGACUCCAGCCCGAUCACGCCGGCCCAACUAAAGGCGAGCUCCACGUGAUGUUUGUUCAGACAGACCAUCCAACCUCCACGCAGAAACUGGCCACGGGCAUGGCCAACGUCACGAUUCGGGUGGUGGAUUCGAAUCGACUGAGGGAGACUUAUACGGCCCAGGAUGUGGGCUUUUGCGUCGCGGCCGGCGGGAAGAGCUCGCCGUUGGUCGUCGGCCACGAAAAGAGUUUGAUGGAAUUUGCCAAAAAGGUACACCCGUCCGCCCUCACGUUUCGCGUGGAGAGGGUCAAGGACGCGCGGCAGUCGAGUUCACCAAGUCCCGCAACGGAACAACAACCCGGGGGGACUGCGGAGCAAGCGUUGGAAUAGUCGUCGGAAAGCAACAUCCCAACUAGAGCGAGUAGACGACAAGUGGAUAAUAGAAUUGUGGCCGAUUACUUGCA